CAUUUGUUCCCUACCUCGCUGUGAAUUACCUUGAUCGAUUCUUGUCGAGGAAAAGCCAUUUACCAGUUAAAAUCUAUGACUUCAAUCUUUUUGAUUUGAUUUUUGAUAUGUUUUUCGAUUAAUUUUGAAUCGAUUUUCAAUUCUUGGUCUAGGCUCUAGAAAGAAAUCCUCGCAAGAACACAAAGCUCUUUGCAAUUUGUUGUUUUACACUUGCUUCGAAGAUGAGGAACAGGGACUUCUCUGUUCCUAAUUUCUUGGUAAAUACUAAAUUUCUCUCUCUCUCUUUCUCUCUCUCACUAAUGUUAGGUUUAUGUUGAAUAGGCUAAACGCAAACUUACGACCAGUGUCAAUCCGCUCUUGUUUUUGGUGAUGGAGCUUCGUAUACUGACCACACUGGAAUGGCGAAUGCGAUCCUUGACUGCGAUAAACUUCAUGGUAUACUUCUAUCCUUUCUUCAAACUGAGGCAUCCGCAGCCAAUUCGAGGCUUCACUCGUCGAGACAUUUCACAGUCCAUUUUGAGCGUUCAAGGGGAUAUUAAAUUCACACAGUUCAAGCCAUCAAUAAUCGCGGCAUCAGCAGUUCUCAGUGCUUCAUUUGAGGCGUUUCCAGCGCAAAUCCUUCAACGUGCAGAGGCAUUCCUCCGUUGCCAGUACAUUGAUAAGGAUGCCUUGUUGCUGUGCAUGGAAGCGAUGGGAAUUGAGGUCCAGCAGGCUAUGGAGGGACUCAAGGAAGCAGUAAAACUUGAUGAAGCAAACAAAAUUGAGGAAGAGGAAGCAAGUAAAAUGAGGGAAGCAAAAAGAAUGGAGGAAAUCAAGGCACUUAGGGAACAAGGGAAAAAAUUUGCAGAAGAUAUGAAAAUUGUGGAAGCCAAGAAAAAAGAGGAAGCAAGGAAAAAAGAGGAAGCCAAGAAGGAAAAGAAAGAGGAUAAGAACAUGGGGAAGAGAGUAGAGUAUGCGAAAAAAAUUGUGGAAGACAGGAAAGCAGACAAAGCGAAGGGUGUUAAAGAAGACACAGGCACGGCGAAGAGAUUUAUUGAAGAUUUAUUAAUUAAGGAAGCACAUAAAAUGGUGAAAGCUGCAAAAAUAGAAGAAGAAAGGAAAAUUGAGGAAGCCAAGAAAGAAGAGGAAGCAAAGAAAAUUGAGGAAGCCAGGAAAAGAGAAGAAGCAAAGAAAAUUGAAGAAGCAAUCAAGAAAAGAGAUGAAGCAAGGAAAAUUGAGGAAGCCAAGUUGAAGAGAGCAGGAGUAACAAUACUUUCGCAAGGAAGGAAAAUAGAGGAAGCCAAGAAAAGUGAGGAAGAAGCAAGUGUGGAAGGGACAAAAAUGGAGGAAGCAAAGAAAAGUGAGGAAGCAGUCAAGAAAAGUGAUGAAGCAAGGAAAAUUGAGGAAGCCAUUGUGGGAGGCAUAAAAUUUGAGGAAGGACAGAAAAUGGAGGAAGCCCAGAACAGUGAGGAAGUGAAGGAUAUUAAAGACAAAGGGAAGAAAGUUUUGAGAGGGAUAAAAAUUGAGGAAGGAAAGAAAACUGCAGAAAUGAAGAAAGUCGAGGAAGCAAAGGAUUUUAAGAACAAAGGGAAGGGUAAAGUAGACGAGGGACCUGACUCGGAGGAGCUUGAAUUGAGGAAGAGUAGGAAAGCAGCAAAGUGGCACAGAAAGCGGAAUAAAGGAAGAAGUAAGGUACAGGGAUUACACACAAUUGAAGAAUGGCAGAGAUUAGAGGUAGAAGAUGACAAGAGUAGCGAAGAAGAGGAGUUUGUGAUGAAUUUUGAACUUAAAUGGCCAGUUGCUGAGCUUGAGGGGGACAUGAAUUUCCCCGAGCCUAUACCUUUACCUAUACCUAUACCCAUACCUGAGGGUAGUAGGGAUCGUAGGGGGCGUCGGGCCAUCACACGUCAACCCACACCUGCUACCGCUGCUGCUGCACAUCAGGCCAUGGCUGCUGCUGCUGCUGCACCUCAACCCACGGCUGCUGGUGCUUCUGCACCUGGUGCUGGUCAACCCAAGUGCUGCUCCGUUCUGUAGAGAGAGAGAGACAUCCAUGGUACAUUUUUGUUGAACUUUUUAGUAUGAUAGUCGCAAAACAUAAGUAUGAAGUUUGAGACUGGAAUUUGGAUUGAAAUUGAUUAAAUAGGCAUUCAUUUGCGUUUCUCUU